AAACACGCCUACAAUGAAUAUGGGAUGCCCUCUGAGCCCAGGGAUGGGGCCUAUCAAGAGAAACUCCCCCGGGCUGGUCUGUGUGGUAUGUGGGGACACGUCUAGUGGUAAACAUUAUGGAAUUCUGGCAUGUAACGGCUGUAGUGGAUUCUUUAAGCGGAGUGUCAGACGAAAGCUAAUUUACAGGUGCCAAGCAGGGACGGGGAUGUGCGUGGUAGAUAAGGCCCACAGGAACCAGUGUCAGGCCUGUCGCCUCAAAAAAUGCAUGAAUAUGGGCAUGAACAAGGAUGCUGUACAAAAUGAACGCCAGCCCCGCAACACAGCCCAGAUUCGCCACGACCAGCUUAUUGGGGACGCUGACCAUACCUUGUGUCAUAACUCGGCAACUGUGUCCGCCACACAUCCGGCAUUUAGUCCUGCAGCCAAUCACAGGUUCGCUUCCGGUCUGAUGACAGCGGAAAACAACGCUAAAAUGGAACCAGACGAUGGAGCUCACGAGGAGACCAUAGAUGUAACCAGUGUGGAUCACGAGACGUCUGCCCCUUGUCAGCAGACGACACCUUACCACGAAGCUUCUAUCUUUAACCCCGGACAGGAGACGAUGUAUGAGUGUUCCGCCAGACUCCUUUUUAUGGCAGUCCGCUGGGCACGGAACCUUCCCUCCUUCGCUAACCUCCCUUUCCGAGAUCAGGUUAUACUACUUGAAGAGGCGUGGAGCGAGCUUUUCCUUCUUUGUGCUAUUCAAUGGUCAAUGCCAAUGGAAGCGUCGCCACUAUUGGCUACCCAGGAUCACAUGCACAACGCAUCAACCAAUGGAAAGACAGGUUUCUCCGAUAUUCGGCUGCUUCGAGAGGUCUUCGCACGGUUCAAAUCAGUUCAAGUUGAUCCAGCGGAAUUUGCUUGUCUGAAGGCCAUAGCAUUGUUUAAACCCGAGACCCGAGGACUGAAGGAUCCCAUACAAGUGGAGAAUUUACAGGAUCAGGCGCAAAUCAUGCUUGGACAGCACAUCCGGGCACAUCAUCCGACACAACCAAUCAGGUUUGGCCGCCUGCUCCUCAUGCUCCCUGGUCUGAAGUUCGUCUUGCCCGACAAAGUGGAGAAAAUAUUUUUCGGAAGAACAAUAGGCAACACGCCGAUGGAGAAGUUGUUAUGUGACAUGUUCAAAAGUUAAAAAGACUUUAAUUAAUAUUGAUGGAUGACUACAUGUAUAACAAAAAAAUCCAUUUUCUCAGCUAAGAAAUUAAGCCACCGUAGCUUAGGUUUCCAAUAACAGCACAACUAUUACCUGACCCACAGACUUUGCUCGAAUGUAGGACAGAACCCCAAUCGUUUACAAGUCUAGUUUUAUAUUGUUAUUGUAUAUAGUUUGGUGUUUUGAGGUAAUACGCGGCAUAUGAUACUGUCUACAGCUUUGAAUACGAGCAUUUCUAUUUUCUGUGGAAAAGUUGUUAUGUAUGCGGUAUACUUCAUUAGCAAAAUUGCGUUCGAAAAUCUUAACACAGUCAAAAACGCGAAAAUAGAAGUAGCGCAGACGUUACCAUCUAUACAGUAUACACAUGAUUUGAUUAAGACAUCACAUCCGUGUACAGUGUAUAAAUGACAUAACACGUGGUUAUAAUAUAUAAAGAGUUUUUUUCAGGAAUAAGACGUGCAUACAGUGUCAAAAUACGUUACUAGUUUUAAACAUCACACAUGUUUGGAAGUUAUAUUACAAUUGUUUUAUAUGAUACUGUAUAUGAGUCAUCACCGUUUUGGUGUGAUACUUCUGUAUCUAGGGUAACAGGUUUUGAAUUAUCGUCACCAUGCUAAUGGGGACUGCAUUGGCAUUGUGAAUAAACCAUACUAUUAUGGUAUAGUGGAUAUAUGUGAAAUUAAUUGAACUAGAAUAUGUAUAUACCCUUAAAUGCACGUAGUGUGGGAAAUCUCAGUAGAACUAGAUCCAAACUCUUUUUUAUAUGAUAUCCAGGAGGUUCACUGUAGUGUAUGAGUUGUAUAUAUUUGACAUCUGAAUUCCAAAAUUAGUAUUAUGACAUUGUUUUAUAUAAAUCUAAUAUAAAAUUAAACCAACCAUUCAGUAGCAUGGGAAAAGGCAGCUAAACUGAUGUAAAAUCUGAGCUGUCAGUUGAUGUAGAAUUAUACAUUGUUUUACUAUCUAUAUGUUGUAUAUACGCCAAAUCUCUAUUAAAAU